CUUGUAUACCAAUUAUGCCCUUGGUGGAAUUCUGACUGACCUUGUUACUUGUAUCAUCUUUCUUCUCCUCUCUCUCAUCCUCCGUCUCCUUCCUCCGCCGUCCGCCAUUGACGCGCAUCUCCGGAGCUCCAGCUUCGAUCAGUCGAAGUUGUUUUCCAAUUCUGCACAAUUCGAGAAGAUGAGGCCAUCUCCUGGACCAAUCGACAUUGCUGCUAACGCUAAGAAGCUUGAUGUCGAUAAUCGCAUUUCACUGCGUAUCUACUUCAGGAUCGCCGAUAAUAUACUCCGACAGGCUACUAUCUUCCGGAAUGAGAAGAAUAUUAUAGACCUCUAUGUCAUGCUUCUACGAUUUUCAAGUUUGGUAUCUGAGACAAUUCCUCGCCAUAGGGAAUAUGCAGCAUCUCCACAAAGCAAAAAAAGUUUAUUGAAAAAGCAAUUGAUAAUUGCCUUGAAUGAAUUGGAGGCUCUGAAUCCUGCUGUUAAGCAGAAAAUUAAAGAACAUGAAAGAAAGCCCAUGUACCAAGUUAUUGGAUGGAAUCAUAAUGAUCGUCCUAAUGAAAAUCAUUCUCUUAGUUCUUCUGUGCAAUGGCCUCUUAUCAAUGCACCCUCUCCAACUAAUUGUCAAGUAGUUAAGGCAACACAAAAUAUUUCCAGGGGUGCAUAUGGAGGUUUAAAUGCUCAGCAGAAUGUUUACACCAUCCCGGUGGAAGAGAAAUUUCACAAAUUAUCUGUUUCCUUUCCCCGGCCAAAGGAGGAGACACUUUUGAGGCAUUCAAUUUUGGGACCAAAUGGGCUCUGCAGGCAAUGGCAACCACCCGUUUCUGAUAAAGGGGUUCGAUAUCCCAGUAAUAUUGAUACGACUCCUGUUGAGAUUCCAAGGCUCCAACAGGUCAUGGCUAUUGAAGAUGGAGUUGCAGCUAAUAAAGAUGAUAGCACCGUGGAUUGUGAAAAACCAAUUUUUCAACCUACAGUUGAACCUAGUAGUGAUAGUAGUCAGCAGCCACAAGAUGACGAAAAGCCAAUGAUUUCAUUUGAAGAACCCGAUGUUCCUGAGACUGUUAUUGUGAAGCAACCUAGCCCGCCGCCUGUGCUUUCAGAGGUGCAAGACUUAAUCCCUUCCGAGCCACCUCUAAAGACUGAAAAGCUUGACACAAUGGACAGUUCUUUGCAAGAUAGUUUGCUUCAGCCAGAAUCUCCGAUGGAGUUGCACAUAUCGACAAGUAUGAUGGAUACUUUCUUGAGAUUAGCUAAAUCAAACACCUCAAAAAAUCUGGAGACAUGUGGUAUUCUUGCCGGUUCACUUAAGAACAGAAAGUUCUAUAUUACAGCUUUGAUUAUUCCGAAGCAGGAAUCAACAUCCGAUACUUGUCAGGCAACAAACGAGGAGGAGAUAUUUGAAGUGCAAGAUAAACAAUCGCUUUUCCCACUGGGAUGGAUUCAUACUCAUCCCACACAAUCAUGUUUCAUGUCAUCAGUUGAUGUUCAUACCCAUUACUCAUAUCAAGUCAUGUUGCCUGAAGCUGUUGCGAUUGUUAUGGCACCAAGAGAUAGAACCAAAACUCAUGGCAUUUUCCGAUUGACAACCCCUGGCGGCAUGUCGGUUAUUAGACAUUGUGAUCGGCGUGGAUUUCAUUCACAUGAGCAGCCUGCUGAUGGUGGGCCCUUAUACAAACAAUGUACAGAUGUAUAUAUGAAUCCCAAGUUGAAGUUUGAUGUUAUUGAUCUUAGAUGAUUAUUGAUUAACUCCAUGAAUUCCCCCCCUCCCCCAUUUCUGGUUCUCCCAAAGGCAUUGCGUUUUUCUUUGGCUGUGUAAUUGUCAGACACAACAAAUUAACAGUACAUAUUGUAAAUUGAGAAAGUAAUAGAUUCAUUUUGAUUUUCUUGUCUACUGGCUAUAGCCUAUAGCAUUUUGAAA